AUGUGUCUUGUAUUUGAUCUUGGAGGAGGAAUGCUUGAUACUACUAUAUUAGAAAACCAAGAAAAUGAUUUUAAUUUUAAAGCAAUUGGUGGUGAUGUUUAUUUCGGAGGAUUAGAUUUUAAUAUGAAUUUAAUGGAACUUGGUACAUCCAAAGUGAAAGCGAUUAAUGAGAUUAAAGCACAAUGA